AUGACCGGCUUUGGAAUGCCAAGAUCGAACAUCUACAAAACGAAGGAUCUAGGAAUUAUCGAAGCUGACCGACAGGGCGAGCUGAUCUUAAGAACACAAUACGGCACAAACAUUUAUGCGUCACAAAAAGGACUAAGUCCAUUUACCGCCUUCCGCCCUAACGUACUUAAUGUCCAUUACAAAGAAAAUUGGGAUCCAAAGAUCGACCAUAAAUCAGAAGCAAUAAUACCCAUGCAGAUGGGUAGCAACAAGCGAGAUCGAAGAUCCGAAAUCUAUAUUCCGUUCCAGUCCGGCACAAACCUGUUUGCCAGCCAAGCAGGAAUGACUGACCCUCCAGCCAUUGGCGCAUACAGACAAGCAACUAUCGAACCAGAAGGUCUAAAUUUCACCGAGGAACAGAUUCGACAAAGCAGCUUAAAUACUCCCUGGUUUGCAGGAUCAAAUCGUUUUGCCAACCAGUGUGGUACUGGUGGAUUCUUGAAGGUUCGCGAUGUGAUCUGCAAAAUGACCGGUGGCAAAGAGUUGUCAGAGGAACUUCUGCGACGUUGUCAUGGCAUACUUCGACUGCAGUGUGGCACCAAUAAAUUGGCUAGUCAGAGUGGAAUGACGGGCUUUGGCACACCGAGAAACAUUCUCACAACGCCAAAAUGGAAACGCGAGUGGGUCGAAGAAUGGGAAGAUGCCAAGAAGGAGUGGAAACAGGCUACCCAAAGCAAAGGCGAAAGCUUCUCUCGAGCUGCAAUAGAGGAGGAGGAAAAAACUGAAGACGAAGAAACUCACAGUACCGAAGGCGAAGAGCCAGAAGAGGAAUAA